AUGCAGAAGAUGUCUGUUAUGAGCCAUUGCUGCAAAGUGCUGUGGAAAACGCUUUUGAGCAUACAUGCACAGGAUCCAGAAGUGAUGUUUAACAUUGUUACAUCAGCCUGGGAGUACGAGAGACAAACUUUAGCCAAAUGCAAGGCAGAUGAAUGUUCAGAAGUCACGGAAAGUUUGUAUCCUGACAAAGUCACUGAUCUUAAUAGAAUUGAAAUGAAAGUGGCAACAUUCAACUACCCACCAUACGCCAUUUUGCAACCUCUAGAAGGCACUGAGAUCAGGAUAGCAUUGGAAUACGCCCAGAGGCACAAUUGUUCCUUGACGAUCAUCACUGAUAAGGAGCAGUGGGGACAGAUUUUUGAAAAUGGUACAGGUGAUGGUAUCCUGGGAGCUGUAGCGGAAGGUCGGGCAGACAUGGGUUUAGGAGCUUUGUAUCUCUGGUUCCAUGAGUAUCAGUUCCUGGAUUUUUCGGUGCCGUACAUCCGCACGGGUAUCACAUGUCUGGCGCCUCGACCCAAGCUUGUGUCUUCACUGCUGCUACCUAUCAGACCCUUCACCCUCAUUACCUGGGUCAUUGUUGUGUGUAGCCUGACUGUUGCCAGUGCUGCACUCUUCCUCAUCAAGAAGCUGGACAUCCUACUCAUUGAUAAUAAGGAUUCUGAGCACAAGAGGCACCGACAUUGGUUCACUACUAAGGCUGACACCAUUCUCCGUACAUUUGGCUUUCUGGUUCUGCAAGCAUCCAGUAACCGUACUGUGGAGACUGCUUCCAUUCGUCAAUUAGUCAACUGGCUCCAUGUCAUGUUUUUUCUGGUGGCAACCAGUUACUGUAGUGGUUUGGCUUCCAUCCUCACAGUGCCUUCAUACCGGCCACCAAUUGACACUGUUGAGGAUCUGGUGGACAGUGGGUGGCAGUGGGGGGCCACCCAUGAUGCUUGGGUCUUCUCCCUCAGAGAGGCUACAGAACCACCAAUGUCCACCCUUCUUGCAAGAUUCAGAGCACUGACCAAGGAACAGCUUCACUACAAUUCUCUUAACGAUGACUUUGCUUUUUCUAUUGAGAGACUACCUGCAGGACAUUAUGCAAUUGGAGACUACAUUACAGAAGAAUCAAUGAAGCAUCUUCGUCUGAUGAAAAAAGAUAUCUACUAUCAGCAUUGUACUCUGGUUUUUCAGAAAGGAUCUCCGUAUCUGAAGAGUUUUAAUGUCCUGAUACACAGACUGCUGGCUUCUGGUAUUCUGUUCUUCUGGGAAGGUGAAGUGGCUAGAAAGUUCCUUCGUAGCUCUGUGCAAUCUGCAGUGAAGGAGAGUACAACGGUAACCCACCGGGGUCACCCCACUGCUAUUCAUUUCAGUCAAUGUGAGGGGGCGUUCAUUCUCUUGGGUGGGGGUCUCUUGGUGGGCAUGAUAACAUUUCUUGCAGAGCUUUACAUAAGUUUCAGGCACAGCAAUCGGAAGAAGGUGGUCAAAUUUCGGGUUGUUAGGAAAUCGCGUCAUUUCCAUUAAAAAUAUUUGCAUUCAAAUUGGAUCCAAUAAAUUAUACAGUAGAUAUUUGAAAAGCUCCAUGUGUUCAAUUUAAAAACAAUAAAUUUAUUUUAUUUUUAAUACAAUAUCUCUCAUGUAACUUUGGCCAAGCAGAGGGGCUUUAGUGAAUUUGCACUUGGAUGAAUACUGUAGUAAAAAUAAAA